CCUGCCUAAAGCCUUUCUGGGUGUAACAAUGGUGCAAGGUAUAAUAGGCUCGGUAUUGCCUGUGCUAGCUUGACUAGCGAGUAGGGUUGGCAAAUAGCGACCGAAAGGCGGAAUUGGUCCUGAGGGUCGAAUUCUCAUUACGGCUUAGUCGUGCACAUUAUGCUACGAAACUCUGGUCCAGCAUCGUAUCUGUACCAUCAUGAACUUAUCCUCAGGCGAUAGGUUGUUAUGAGUCAUGAGGGUACUGAGGAAGCUCACGGAAUAAGCUGUGGUCGUCCAUUUCGACAGUUUGUAUUUUUACCGUUUCACGUAAUUUAUAUAUUUAUAUUGAAGGUGGUUUGGAGCUUCCUCGCAUUCUCGUCCUACCAAAACCAUCAUGCCGGGAAUACGCCUAGAGCGACGACGCCGAUUUCAAGCACGCUCGUUUUCGCUGGUAGAUGUGUCUCCUGAUCAAAAGUUUCGGAAAUUCCUAGGUUAGAGAAAAGCGCACCAGCUCCACUAAAGACUGGCCACCUUUUUAGUAGUUACCAUCUCUUCAACCACGCCUUCGGAGCUUUCCGAGCGGAUUACGGAAAUUCACGAUGAGGCGGGAACCAGGUGACGGCAAGUCCAAGAGCAAAUCGAAAUCCAAGGAGAAGUCUCUCCUUUCCCAAUCCUCUGGCAAUUUUCUCCGCAGCAUCACUGAGCUGGUGGUCCGACACAAGGGGGAUGAACCAAGCCAUGCCUCGUCCUCAGGUCCGGCAGCAGGUCCGGAAGAACCAUCCGGUGUGGAAAACGAGGAAGAAGGAAAAACAGGGGAUAAUCAGCAGCAGCAGCAGCAGCAGGAGCAGCAGCAGCAGGAGGAGGAGGAGGAGGAGCAGCAACAGCAGCAGCAGCAGAGGGAGAUGAGCGAGGAGGAGCAGAAGCGAGAGAGGCGCAAGCAGGCUGUCGAGCGGAUUAUGAGCAGAUUGGCUAGGGAGCCGCCCGCACAGGGCAUUUCAGGUCCCUUGGCAAAUCCAGCAGCGCUAGGCAGGAGAAUAUCACUGCCAUCAAAACCAGCGAACAGAAUACGAAGUGGUGCGCCUUCUGGUACUGGUGCUAAUACUGCUGCUGCUGGUGCUGCUGCUGCUGGUGGGGCCGGGAGGCAUCUGCCAUCUGCUAGGCGAGCUUCAGUCGAGCGUUCUUCUAAAGAGGGUUCGCCUUCCCUUUCUUCUGCGAGCUCUUCGAACGCGGGGCGGAAGUCAGAUAGUGCUUCGAUUUCCUCAUCAUCGUCCUCCUUGCCCAGGCGAAGCAGCCUCGGCCGGGAUACACACGGGGAUGACACUAGCGGGCGUGGCGAGAAUGGUGCAGGCGGUGAGAUUAGUAUCGGUGGUGAGAGUACUGCAGGCGGCGGGAUUGCUAUUGGCGGUGGUGGCACGUGUGCCGAAAGUGGUGAGAGCCGUUCUGGUUCGGGUGGCGCUUCUGCUGCCGUGGGUGCUGAAAAUGGCGCUGCUGAUAGUGCUACUGACGGUGUUUCUGCUGGUGCUUCUUCUGGUGGUGUUACUGAUGGCGGUGCAGGGAGUUGGACGAGUGUUAGCAGCAGCAGCAAUGAAGCCCAAGACCACCACCAGCAGCAGGACCUGCAGCAGCAGCAGCAGCAGCAGCAGCAGCAGCAGCAGCAGCAGCAGCAGACUGAUCCCACCAGUUCUGCAGCUUCGGUCGCACAGGCUCGCUUGGAGCCGCCGUCCCCUGCGUCCUCCGCCUUCACCCCCAUCUUCGCCCGCUGCCCUGCCAAGAUCUGGAGCAACCCGGACGAGCAAGACAGCGACAGGGACGACACUGACAGCAUGGGGGGAGAGGAAGGCGAGGGAGGCGCAGGAUCGAGCACAGGAGGAGGCGGAGUCGGUGAGAGUGGGGAGAAGGACGCAGGAGGUAUGGAAAAGAAGAGCAGGGGGAACGGAGAGAAGGGAGAGGAUCUCCUGACAGAUGCGGAGGUGGGAGAGACGGAGGAGGAGGAUGAGCAGCCAACAGGGUUCCCAAAGCUGCUGCCGGGGAAGGCUGACGUGCUGGUGUUGACAGACGAAGGGGAUGCGCUGCACGGGGAGAUAGACACUGGCGAGCAUGAGGGGUCGAAUCCUCUAGACAUGUCGAAAUUCAAGCGGCUGCUGUCGCAGGUUUACGGGCUCGAUGAGGCGGAUUUCCGGCCGAAAAACUGGGGAAAACAGUUCGAUGAUGAGGGGUUUUUCGGGGGUGGUCGGGCGGAUGAUGAUGAUGAUGAUGAUGAUUUGAAGAAUAGGGAUCCGAGAUUGGAGGAUCCGCAGUUGCAGGAGAUUUUGACCCAAGAGCUGAUGAAGUUUCUGAUGAGGAAUAUGGGCGGGAAGGAUGAGGAGAGGGGGGAGGAGAGAGUGGGGAGAGAGGAAGUGGAGGAAGAGGGGGAGGGUCGGAGCAGUGAGGGGGAGGAUAGUGAGAGUAGCAGUGUGCACAAGGGACGGAGGCGGCAGAGGGGCGGUAGUGACAGUGAUGUUGACAAUGAUGAUGAUGAGAUGGUUGAUAAUGGUUGGGGGGACGAUGCCCUGAAACUCACGUCAAGAACACGGGAUGAUGAUGAGGACGACCAGUCUGAUGACCGUUACUCGAGAGGAAGACACACGUCUGAUAGUGAGGAGGAGGAGGAGGAAGAAAAGAGGGGCAGGAUGAGGCGAAAGGACGGUUCCCGCGAGGACCUGAGGAGCGGCGGGAGGGAGAGACGAGCAAGAGGAAGGAUGAGAAGCAGGAGGAGUGGAUCGUCGAGUAGAAGCAGGAGCCGGCACUCGUCUGAUUCUGAUAGUGUAAGAGGGGGUCGGGGAAGGAGAGAGAGGAGAGGAAGAGUUAGGGAGGAGGAUGUUUGGGAAGAGAGGGAUGAUGAUGAUGAUGAUGAUGAUGAUGAUGAUGAUGAUGAUGAUGAUGAUGAUGAUGAUGAUGAUGAUGAUGAUGGGGAGUUGAGGGGAAAGCAGAGCAGGCGUGAGGGGAGGCGGAGUGGAGUCGAGGAGGGGUCUGAUGAGGAUGAGAGGGGCAGGUGGAGGAGGAGGAGGCGGGAAGUGGAGGCGGGGGAUGAGAGUGGACGGGAGGAUUAUAGCGAGGACGGGAGGCAGGAAAGUGAUUAUGAGGGGAGAAGAAGGGAUGGCGUGCGGAGGAAAGGACAUGUGGAGGGAGAAGACGAAAGUGAGGAGGAUGGUGCUCGGCAUAGGGGGAGGCAUAGGAGGCGGCGUAGCCAUGGGGGCAGGAGUGACAGUGGUGGUGAUGAUGUGGGACGAGACAGCGACCUAGACAGGGAUGGUGAUACAAGAAGCGAUCAUGAGCGGGAGAAGGGUAGAGAGGGGGAGAGGGGUAGAGAGAAGGGUAGAGAGGGGGAGAGGGGUAGAGAGAAGGGUAGAGAGGGGGAGAGGGAUAGAGAGAAGGGUAGAGAGGGGGUACGGGGGAAGGGUAGAGAUAGAGUACAGGAGAAGGGUAGAGGAGAUAGGGCUAGCAGCAGGGAGAGAGGGGACGAGAGGAGUGAUGAGGAGCGAAGGGGGAGGAAGGAGAGGAGGAAUGAAGAGGAGGAGGAGGAAGGCAACAGCGAUGGCAGUGGCGGUCGGCAUUACAGGAGAAAAGGCAGGGAGGGGGAUGGAAGGGACAGAGCCAAGCACAGGGAGCGGAGGAGACACAACGAGGAUGAUGAGGCGAGUUCGCCGCACAAGGGGCGGGAAGAGAAGGGCAAGAAAGGGAAGGCCAAGGAAGUACAGAGCACGGAAAGGGUGGAUGACGAAGGCGAGGGCGAACGCACUGGUGUGAAGGAAAUGGAGCCGAGGGGAAGGCCUGAGAAGGGUGGGCCUGAGAAGGGUGGGCCUGAGAAGGGUGAUACCAAGGAAAAAGAGUCCAGCAAAUCGAAACAGGAAAGCAAGGCGAAGCACGAGGACAGGUCGAAAGACGAGGUCAGAUCAAAGCAGGAGGUAAAAUCAACGCAGGAGAGCAAGUUCUUGUCGUCAUUGGACAUCCGGGAGGAGAUCCGGAAGCUCUCUGGGGAUGAUGCCCUGCGCAUUCUGCUGAGCGCGCGAAACUCGUUCAAACGGGAACAGCAGCAGCAGCUGCUGCGGCAGAAGCAGGUGGUCGAGGGAGCUGCUGGGUCUGCUGCUGGUGCAGGUGCGGCUGCUGACGCUUCUGUGGCUGAAAUUGGAGCGGGCGCGGAGGUGGGAGGGCUAGGGAUGGGAGGAGAGAAGUUGCUGGAAGCCAAGUUAUUGCGUUGCCUGACUAAGGUGCAUCAGCAGGUGGUUGUUGGUGUGCCUGAGACGAUUGAGGAGGGGGAUGAGGAGGGCGAGGAGAGUGAGGAGGAGGGGGAGGCAAGCAGGCGGGAUGAAGGGGAGGGGGAUGAAGAGGAUGAGGAGGAUGAGGGGAAAGGUGGUGAAGUGAAGGGCGAUUGUGCAAAUCAUGGGGUUAAGAAGUGGGGGAAAGGAAGGGAUGGGUGGGGGAACGAGGAAGAGGACAAUGAGGAUGAGGAUGAGGAGGAUGAGGAUUAUGAGGAGGAUGUGGGAGAGGAGGAUUCUGACAGUGAGGAGGAGAAGGAUGAGAUAGCCCGCAUGGCGUCUGAUGUGGCGAGGUACAUGGCGAGAACUGGGAAGUCGGGGGGCAAAGCUGGUCAACGGGAGCAACCGAGCCAUUCAGAUCAAAGUACAAGUCAAGGUCAGCCAAGUCAGCCAGUUCCUCAUGUUCAGGUUGCGGUAAGCUCAUCCAGCCAGAAGAGUCGCAGAGCCAGAAGGAGUGCUGCUGCUACCGCUGUUGGGGAUAGCGACAGUGCUGCUGCUGCUGUUGUUACUGCUGGUGCUGAAAGAAAUGUCGAAGGGUAUAAGCCAGGGGUGCCAGUGGGAGGGGAGGAAGAGGAGGAGGAUUUGUAUGGGAUGGGCGGGGAGGAAGGAGGGCAGGAUGGGGCAAGUGAGGGGGAGGAUGGUGAGGAGGAGGGGGAGGAGACGGAGUUCUCCUCAGCUGAGAAAGAGGGUGGCGGUGGUGGGAGGGACGCGGGGAUUGGUGAUGCAGAUGAUGGGGCAGAAGGGGACGAGGAGGGGGAGGAAGGGGAACCGAGGCCGCACAGAGAGCGGAGAGGCAAAGCGCAUGGCAGGACCCGAACCGCAAGUGCUGCUGCUGCCGCUUUUGCUAGCCUCGCUGCAGUGGCCCCUGCUGCUGCUGAAUCCCCCAUCCAUCAACCUCCAGGCAGACCCAGGCGGCACACAAGCCAGAAGAGAAGGGGCAAAACCAGCACGCCCACGCCGCCAACCAUGCCCAUGCCAUCUUCCCCCAUGCCUCCUACCAUGUCUCAAGCAGCAGCAGCAGCAGCAGCAGCAGCAGCAGCAGGGCUUAUGCCGGCAAGCGUGAAUUUGCCUGCGGCACCUGGUGGGCAGUGGGGUCCUUUUGAGACGUCUCAAAGCAGCACUCCAACUCUCUCCAGGCAUGCGCCAACGGCCACGUGGGGCAGUCCUUCUCCAGCAGCAGCAGCAGCAGAACGGCAGUGGGGCUCUUCUGAGACGCCUCAAAGCAGCAGUUCUCCCUCCAGGCAUGCCCCAACGGCCACGUGGGGCAGUCCUCCUCCAGCAGCAGCAGCAGCAGAACGGCAGUGGGGCUCUUCUGAGACGCCUCAAAGCAGCAGUACUCCCUCCAGGCAUGCCCCAACGGCCACGUGGGGCAGUCCUUCUCCAGCAGCAGCAGCAGCAGCAGCAGCAGCAGCAGCAGCAGCAGAACGGCAGUGGGGCUCUUCUGAGACGCCUCAAAGCAGCAGUACUCCCUCCAGGCAUGCCCCAACGGCCACGUGGGGCAGUCCUUCUCCAGCAGCAGUAGCAGCAGCAUCAACGGCAGCAGAGCGGCAGUGGGGCUCUUCUGAGACGCCUCAAAGCAGCAGUACUCCCUCCAGGCAUGCGCCAACGGCCACGUGGGGCAGUCCUUUCCCAGCAGCAGCAGCAGCAGGAGGCGUAGGAGGUGGCCAGCCCCUUUGGCGCCAGCGAUCCUCCAGCCAUUCUGAGAUGCUCUCCCCAGCACCACCACCACCAGCGCUUCUGCCAUCGUCAUCAACAGCAGCAGUAGCAGCAGCAGUGGCAGCUGCAGCAGAAGCAGCAGCAGCAGUGUCGCCGUUAGGAGGGGCGGGCUUGGCAGCAGCAGGAGCAGGCUUGAAUCCCCAUGCAACCCUGGGAUCUCCACUUCCCCUGCCCGCCUCUCACUCCAGGCUGCAGAAAACCGCAUCAGAUGCGCCCCGGCGGCUGCAGGAGCUGCUACAGUUUAAAAUGAUGCAGGCUGCUGCGGGUGGGGGAAGGGGGGGAGGAGGAGGAGGAGGAGGCACGGGGUCGGGUGUUGCUGCCAGUAUGGUUCAGGGCAGUGUGGCCUUUGGCCGGGGGUCGAUUGGAGGGGGGGGGGUGAUGGGAGGGGGUGCCGGGGUGGCAAGCAGCGUUGGAAGGGGGGGGGGAGUGGAGAGGGGGGCUGGUGUGGGGGUGGGGAUUGGAGGGGUGGGAGUGGGAGGGUCUCCCAAGGGGAAGAAGGUGAGGGGGCGGAAUGGUGGAAAGAGUGGUGAGAUGGGAGGAGUGUGCAGCAGCGAGAGCGGUCAACGCGUGAUGCCUGGAGGGGUAGAUGGUGGGGCAUGUAGCAGUGGUUAUGAUGAUGGUUAUGGUUACAAUGCCGGUUACGAAGGUUAUGAUGGUUAUGCUUACGAUGAUGGUUAUUCUGGGAGUGACCAGGGCUAUCAUGGUUACCGUGGUGGUGGUGAUGGUUAUGGUGGCUAUGAUGGUGAUGGUGCAGGGGAGGGAAGUGUAGUGGGAGUGCAGAGGUCGUAUACAGUGGAUGGGAGGAAACCUGCGCAUCCUGCAGCCGAGGAACUGCUGCCGGCAAUGGUUCCACGCACGUACACUGUAGAUGGCCGCUCGGCCAGGCUUGUAACGGAUCACACUAUAACGGGGCGAUCUGUGCCAGUAGCUGCUGAGACUGGCUUGGGUGGUGCGGCUGCUACAGGAGGCUUCAAGGGCACAGCGAGAGGGAAGAAACGUGCAGGCAGUAGGGGGAAGGCAGCAGGAGCGACAGCUUAUAGUGGGCUUGAUGGAGGGGUUUGGGGGAAGGGGAUGGGGGUGGGGGAAGAGGGACGAGAAGGAGGAGGGGGAGGAGGGGGAGGAGGGGGAGGAGGGGGAGGAGGGGGAGCAGGGGGAGGAGCAGGAGGAGGUAUGGCAGUUGAUGAAGAUAUGUAUGGUGAUGUGGGGGAGGAGGUGGGGGAUGAUGACUUGUAUGGACCCAGUGAGGAUGUUAUAGGGAGGCAGGAGGCAGAGCAGGAGGGGGUGCUGGAGGAGGGGGUAUACGAGGAGGGGGCAUUUGAGGAGGGGGUAUUUGAGGAGGGGGCAUUUGAGGAGGUGGAAGAGGAAGAGGAAGAGGAGGACCUGUAUGGUCCAGGGGAUGAAGAGGAGCAGGAGGAGGAAGAGGAGGAGGAGGGGAGGGAAGAGCUGAUGCCAGAAGCGGCGGGAGGGUUCCCAGCGGGAGGCUUUGAGAGUGGGGCUCGGGAGUAUCGAGGAGGAACAGCUGGGCUGUUUAGAGGCAAGCCGAACCGCCGUGGCUCCGUUGGUGCCUCCCUUGCUGCUGCUGCUACUGGUGUUGCUGGUUCUGGUGCUGGUGCCGGUGCUGGUGCUGGUGUUGGUGCUGGUGCCAGUUCUGCUGGCGGGGCUGGGAGCAGUGGUGAUUAUCAGGGGUCUCUCUCCCGAGCACACAGCCAGCCAGCAGAGGCCUUCCAUGCAGCCAUGCUAUCUCCCUCCAACUCUGUCGCCUCUGCUCCCUGCUCCUCCCCCCCUUCCUCUGUCUCACGGUUCAAGCCCAAAGCAGCGAAGAGCCGAACCAGCAGGGGGCAGAGCGUGUUAGGUGACAGCAUGAGCUCAGGGAUUAAGGACGUCGUCAGUAGUGGGACUAGAGGAAGUGUGGGUACUGGCUUCAAGGACAGUGCAAGCAUGGGCUUUAAGGACAGCAUGAGCAUGGGGUACAAUGAAAGUGCCAGCAGCGGUUAUUAUGACAGCAUGAGCUCGGGCUUUAAGGACAGCAUGAGCAUGGGGUUUAAUGAUAGUAUGAGCACCGGCUACAGUGAGAACUCGGGCUUUAAGGACAGCAUGAGCGUGGGGUAUAACGAGCAGGCAGAAAGAUGGCACGGGUCAGCAACAGGUGAGGGGGGCGGUUACCCUGGAAGGGGAGGUGCUACUAAGAGUACCAGGUGGAGUGCCAGUAGCAGAACCGUGGGGUCCUUUGCUGCGUCGCCUGCAGUUUCUGGGGCAGGGAGUGCUGGAUUGAGCCGGGUCACACGUGACACUGGGGGAAUGCGGGAUGCGGGUCCCGGAGCUGGGGUUCGAGGGAAAAGAGGUAGCAAGACAAAGUCAGUUCAGUAUGAGGAGGUGGAGGAGGAUUUGUUUCCUGUGGAGCCAGAGGAGAACUGUAGCGACAGCAGUUACUGCUACGAUGCUUAUCCUGAUCAGGGUGGUAGCAGUUUAAGUGGGGGCAGUGGUGGUAGUGGUACUAGUGGUGCUCUUGAAGUCCCUCAAGGCGGUAGUGUGCUGGGAGGAGCUGGAGUCCGCCGAGCAUCGUCGAUGGCUAAGACUAUGGCGACUAUGAGCCCUUUGGGAACUCCGAGAAUAUGAUAAAGCAGCUCUUACCGCAGCCUCUUAUUGCCACCAUUUUAUUUCAAGUCACAUAUGU